ACACUGUCUUUACAACAAAUGAGGUGCUUACUGUCAAAUCAGUGUUCACAAGCAGAGUCUGGAACCAUUUCAGAAACAAUUGCCUAUUGUUUCUGGAAAACUUGGAGACAAACUAAACAACAUGGCAAGCGCUCUCUUGUCAGCUCCUUGUUUUCUCUCUCCAAAAAAUAAAGAACUUGGUGUGUUUGUAAGCAGAUUCAGGAGUCUUAAUAAUGGCAAUCUAUUACAUCAUAGUUUGCUGAGGAAGAAGUAUGGUGGCUCACUUGUGGUGACCUCAGUGUUUGGAAGGAAAGUCAAGACCACCAGAGAGACUGUGAUACCUGAGCCGGAUUACCGGAUUCCAAUUGUGUUACUAGGUCUAUCCGGUGGAUUAGCCUAUACAAACAAUCUUUUACCAGCUGCGCCUGUUGGUCUCCUUGGAUUACUCCUAUUGUUUCAGACUACUAGAGUUAGAUUUGUCUUCGAUGAAGAGGCUCUGGAAGUAAAAGUAGGGGAGGAGCUUGAGAAUUCGGGUGAAAAUGUAUUCGUGGGUGGUAAAAACCGUUGGAAAUACUCAUCAUUUGUGAACUGGGAGCUUUGGUGGCCAAAUUUCCCUAUUCUGGUGUAUUUCAAAGAGACGCAAACAAAACCUGAAGGGCAAGUGCAUUUCUUUCCGGUGAUAUUUAAUGGGAAGCAACUUUAUGAUAUCAUGGUGGAGAGAGCUGGCCCUUCCCAAACUAGUGGACCAAAAUAAUCUUCAAGGCCAGAGCAUUGCAGUUACAGUUAUUGAAUUGUGGAUCCGAUAGCAAAGUCACUACUCUUCUGAGGUGACGGCGUUUUUUGGUGACUUAAAUUUAGCAUACCUUAUUCUGGUGCCAGUCACCGGCUCAAACUUUGCCUGUAUUCUUUUGAACAUUCAAUUCUAUAUGAUGUCUGUAUAUGAUUGAAUUUUUCAAGGGAAUGCCUUCACAUUCUUUAUUUUAGUACUCAGCUUUGUUCAAUUUAAAUGUAUACUUCUGUGUUCACAGAAGAAGAAUGUAAUGAAUUGAUGAGUGUAUUUUGUUGCC